AUGACCACCGCCCUGCGCAGGAGGUACCUGGUGGGCAUUGCUGGGGUGCCCGGGUCAGGCAAAUCGACGCUCGCGGCGCAUCUCCAGGCGCGCAUAAACGCCCUGACAGGCGGGGCGGUGGCGGCCGCGGUCCCCAUGGAUGGCUACCACCUGACCCGCGCCCAGCUGGACGCCAUGCCAGACCCAGAGGAGGCGCACAUGCGCAGGGGGGCGCCCUGGACCUUUGACCCGGGGUCCUACCUCGCCACCCUGCGCUCCCUGAGGACGCCUGGCGCCGGCUCGCAGGCCUGCCCAUCGUUUGACCACGGGGUGGGCGACCCCCGCCCAGGCGACGUCCAGGUGGAGCCGCACCACAGCAUCAUCCUGACGGAGGGCAACUACCUGCUCAUAGGCAGGCACACGUUGUAUGAGGCGCCGUGGCGCGAGGUCCGGGACGUCUUGGACGCCUGCAUCUUCCUCGCCUGCGACCUGGAGGUCGCCAUGCGUCGCGUCACGCGCCGCCAAGUGGCCAACGGCGCCAGCCUGGAGGCCGCGCGGGCGCGGGUGGCGUCCAACGACCUCCCCAACGCCCGGCUGGUGGCCGCGAGCUCGGGCAGGGCAUGCUGGCUGGUGCCCUCCAUCCCCCACGCCGCCGAGUGA